AUUACGAUCAUCAACAUGGAAACAUUUAUUUUCAUUAUCAUCAUGUUGUAUUUAAAGGACGCUAAAGCUGAAGGAGUGACUUCUCAAAACAUCACGAGGAAUAAUGUGACCAAGCAGGAGGGUGAAAGCGCAAUAUUUGUCUGUAACCUAACAGGAAAUAAUUUUACUAAUUACAAAUGGUUUAAAAAUGAAAAAGAAAUUUUAAAGGAAGAUAGGCGCCUCACUAUAUCACAGACUGAACAAGGUGGAAAACUAUUCAUCGAGCGCCUAAAAUUGCAAGACAUCGGCUGGUAUGCAUGUGAAGGAGACACGGAAAAUCAAGCAAAAUGGUUUCUUCUGGUCCAGACAGAUGACUGCUAUAGGAAUACACUAGGGCGAUUUUAUAUUGGCAAAGUGAACGUGACUAUCUCAGGUCGUAUUUGUCAGCCCUGGGGGUCACAGGUUCCUCACAAACACAGGUUUGGCUGGCUAUAUACUGAGGAGAACUACUGUCGUAAUCCUGACGACGAAUCAGCGGGACCAUGGUGCUACACAAUGGACAAAGAUAAGCGGUGGGAAAGUUGCGGCAUUCAGUCAUGCAGUGACAAAUUCGAUCCAUGUUCCUCCACGCCAUGUCAAAAUGGCGGAGAAUGCAACAGUAACAAAACAGGAACAUAUAUCUGCACAUGUCGACAAGGCUGGACUGGGGAAACCUGCAAAGAAAGAGUUCCUUGGUCAUCCUGCAAUUCCUCGCCUUGUAAAAAUGGGGGGACGUGUAUAGAGAGCGAGAAAAGCUUUACCUGUCAAUGUUCCUCAGCAUAUAUUGGUCCCUUGUGUGCAAUAAACUUGAAAACGGAUCUGUGCGAUGUUUCAAAUUUCUGGAAUCACUAUGGAACUCGUUGCUAUAAAGUUUUCGAUACCAGCCUACCUUGGGAAGAUGCUGUAAAUAUAUGUCGAUUUAUGGAUGCUGAAUUACCCGUUGUGACAGAGGAAAACAUUCAGCAAGCGCUGACAAAUAUAUCGUCUGCUGUGGAGGCAGACUUGUGGACAGGGAUAUCAUCAUAUGAAGGGGUUUGGUUUGACCAACUAUACAACAAGGUGAACUUAACAAAGGUUUACUGGAGUAUAGGAGCAUCCAUAAGUCCAACAAACAAGAGCUGCAUUGUUGUUAAAGAUAAGAAAAGCAUCUUGAACUGGGUCACUCAGGACUGCAAAGUGGAAAACUUUUUCGCUUGUUCAAGACCUGAGGGAACGUGUCCAUCUGGAUGGAUAUUCCAUCAGCGCUACUGCUACAGGUAUAUCAACACUUUGCAGACCUCGUGGUAUAAUGCCAAGGAAUAUUGCCAAAAUUUGGACUCGACUCUACUAGAUAUUCAAGAUUUCGAUAGACAAAUAUUUAUCCACAACUUUGUUCAAAGACAAGAGGCAGGCAUUGAGAAUGACAACCGACUUUGGCUUGAUCUUAAAAAAAAUUCUAAUGGCCAGUGGAUAUGGGACUCGCUGAAUAAACAACCUGUGUAUACCAACUGGGCGAAUGAUACUGAACAUUUCAGCUUUGACUGUGCUUACAUAGAUGCUGAGAGAAAUGGUAAAUGGUUUAAUUCACCAUGUACAACAUCACUCAGUACCAUGUGCUAUAUGGAAGUUGGCUCAUCGAACUGGAGGAAAAAUGUGAUGAGAGAUGAAACCCAAGGUGGUACAUUUGUAUCAGAGUGCGGAGAUGGAUGGAGGGACACACCAAACAGUGAUUCUUGUUAUAUGUUUAAAAAGGAAAUGAUCACCUGGUCAGCGGCGGAGGACACAUGUGUCAAAAUGGGUGCUCAUUUAAUCAGUAUUGAUAAUGCCCAUGAACAAGGAUACAUCACAGGAUUUCUUCAGUCCUCCGUGGUAUACAACACGGUGUGGAUUGGAGCAAACACUCGCUCUCGACAUAAUGGAUUCCGCUGGAGCAGUGGUUCCCCCUUUGUCUUCUACAACUGGUUUCCUGGGCAACCUGAUGGACAGAGUUCUGGAUCAGAGGAAUGUGUUUCUAUGUUUUCUAUAAAUGGAAAAUGGUCAGAUGUUUCUUGUGGCCAAAAGCAUUACUUCAUCUGCGAGAAAAUACGUCCAUCGAGAAUUAGCACAACUCCUACCAUUCCUACAACUGAUGGAUAUAGAAAAAUUUGUCCAGAUGGUUGGAAGUCAUAUAGGGAUCAUUGUUUCUUGAUUGAAAGAAAGAAAAUGUCCUGGGGUGAGGCAAGCCAGUUCUGUAGAAGCAAAGACAGUUACCUGGCAACCAUUGCUGACCAAGACGAGCAAAAUUUCUUAUUUAGUCAACUACCUUCUGAGUAUUGUUUUAAUUUUCACCCUAACGAUACGCACUGCUCAGAGAUGGCAGCUAUGGGUAAAUGUACAGAUGACUUGUUAUACAUGGUAAAACAAUGUCCUGCCGCAUGCAAGCAAUGCAGCAAGAACUGUUCUGAUUCAUUCAAUACUGAACACUGCCAAUCCUAUGCAGCCAUAAAUGGCUGUGAAAAUAAUCCAGAAUGGAUGUUAAAACACUGUAGAAAAACGUGUGGAGGUUGUAAUGCAGUUAUUCACAGAGGAUUCUGGAUUGGUCUUAAAGACGCAAAAGGUUAUCUGUUCGCAUGGGAAAACCAUGAAAAGGUUUCCUUUACACUGUGGAAAAAAUCAGAACCCCAGGGAUAUCUUAACUAUCACGAAGGUUGCACUGCGAUGACCUACAAUGAUGGAUUAUGGUUUGAUCAGAAAUGCAACAUGAUAAUGCCAGGUUUGAUUUGUAAAGCUCCAAAACAAAAGGAGGGAAUUACAGUGUCUACCGGUUGUGAUAGGAAUUAUGUGAGCUACACGUCCAUGUGUUACAAAUUCAGCAGUGAAAAAUUCACAUGGAGUGAAGCCCAGUCAAAAUGUCAAGGAGAAAAUGGACAUCUAGCCACUGUUAGUAAUGUAUAUGUUCAAGCAUUUCUCUCAAGUCAGCUGAUUAGAAAGACUGGCAACUUUUGGAUAGGAUAUAAGGAGACAAGGUCUAAUGAUACCUUUAUGAUGUGGAAUAGCGGUCAGCUUAUCAAAUUUCGGUUUGGGGAUAAACUUGAUUUCUCUUCCAUUGAAUUGUCAGAAGCAUGUGCCACAAUGACGACAUCAGUGCCUGCUGGGAUAUGGUCGUUUAAAAACUGCACUACAAGACAUAAUUUCAUAUGCGAGAAACUCCGAGAUGGAUACACAACGACUACACUUUCCAUACCAACAACUCCUCCACUCAAGUGCCAAAACGGCUGGUCAACUAUUAAAAAUUUUUGUUAUAAGGUUAUUCAAGACAAAUCCAGCUGGACACAAGCAAGAUCAUACUGUCAAGGAAUAGGGGCGGAUCUAGCGAGUAUUCAUUCCGAUACUGAAUCCCGUCAACUUCAUUCACUUAUUAGAUGGAAUAUUAUUCAACCCUUCCGACAGGUCAGCUCUUGGUUGGUCGAGAGUAGCCAGGGCAUUGAGAAGCUCGUAAACCUUUCCGUCAUGUUAGUAGCACAGAUGUUCGAUCGGAGGAAAGAGAGACUUUAUAGAGGCCAUUCGAUCUGGUCAACGUCGCAAGAUUUUUGGAUUGGACUAAAUGACAGAGAAAAAGAGGGAGAUUGGCAAUGGUCAGAUGGAACACCUUUAGAUUACACAAAAUGGCUGACGUCUCAACCAGAUAAUUGGCAGGGGAAGGAGAACUGCGCCACAUACCGACGUUAUAACAGAGGAUUUAACGAUCUCGUUUGUUCAUCUAGACUUCCAUUCAUAUGCAAAGUAGAAAAAGGUGUUUUGGUAAGGGGUCAUUUUCAGCCUCCGCCUUUGGAGAAAUGCGAUGAUGAGGAAUUCGUACGGUUGAAUCACUCCUGUUUCAACGUAACAGAAGUUCAAUCAAAUUUUCAUGAGGCACAGCGUAUCUGUCGAGAAAAGGGUGCAGAAUUAGCAAGUAUUCACAGCGAAGAUGAAAACAGUUUUAUAUCUGACAUUUCGUCCAAAGACUUGUGGAUAGGCUUGGUCCUAUCAUCGAACGCUCAAUUUGCAUGGACCGAUGGAACACCACUCGAUUUCACAUUUUGGGCUAAAGAUGAACCUAACAAUUACCUUGACAUGGAAGCCUGCUCUCAUUUGAAAUUAGGUGGGGUUUGGAAUGAUAACAAUUGUGGAAACACCUUAGCAGGAUUUGUUUGUAAAAAACGAAAUAAGGGCAAAUCUAGUCAAGUUUCUACUUCAGUUAUAAAAGGUGGAUGCCCUAAACAAUUCGUUCCAUCUCCAUACGGGAGUAAAUGUUAUAAAUUGGUGGAUGUCCCCAAAACAUGGUCAAAUGCAAAAUCUGAUUGCAGCGGAACAAAAGGAGCGUCCUUAUUAUCAAUCAGAGACCAGAAAGAACAGGAUUUUGUCAUUGGUCUGCUGAAGGAGACAAAACAGACGUUAUGGAUUGGACUGAGGAGGUUCGGUAACAAAUAUCUCUGGGAAAAUAAUCAAGAAGUAACCUAUACAAACUGGGAUCUCAGAGAACCAACACAAUCGAGAUCAUGUGUCGAAAUGCAGAGUCAAUAUGGGCUAAAUGUAGGAAAGUGGAAAACGGUACAUUGUUCGCAAUAUAAAGGUUAUAUCUGUGAAGCGCUAAAAGAUCCCUCCAUUGCGACACAUGUUACGUCACAGUGCCCGCCAAACUACGUACAGAACAGACAAAGUUGUUAUCGGUUCUUCAAUGACAUCAGACUGGACUGGGAAUCAGCUGAUCAUCAUUGUAGACUCGAGAAUGGAACACUUGCUGCUAUUUCCACUGUUUAUGAAUUUGGCUACAUUCAAGCCAUUGCACUACAAUUUAAUAUGACGACAUUUUGGAUUGGAUUAAGGAAAUCAAAUGCUUCAAACCUUUAUCAAUGGAGCAAUGGCCUGCCAUACCUUUAUUCUAAUUGGAAUCAGUCGGAACCAUCACAGAGACCAGGAGAGGAUUGUGUCUUAUCGCAUAACAACAAAUGGCAAGACCGUUCCUGUAAAAUUAAUCUUCCUUAUUUGUGUGAAAAGAAUUUAGGAAAGCUACCACUGUCAGCGCCUCUUGAGUGUCCAAAAACAGGCAUGGCUUUCAAUGGUGCAUGUUAUUACAUAGAAAUGAAGCAAAAAGGGACAUGGACAGACGCCCAGCAUAUUUGCCAAAAUCUUGGCAUGACUCUGGCCUCUAUCCAUUCAGCCGUCGAGAUGGAACACGUCAGAGAAUUUGCAAUCCGACAGGGUGCGACAAGUUCCUUUUGGAUCGGACUUUCAAGAAGAAGAUUGCCAUUAGAUCCAAUCGGAGAAGUAAACUUCUACUGGUCAGACAAAAGCACCGUGGAUUAUACUAACUGGAAUACCAAUGAACCUAGUGACAGUCUCUUUAGCCAAAACGAAGAGUGUGUGGAAAUGGCUACUACCGGUACUUGGAAUGAUGUUUCUUGUAGGCAGAGUCGAGGAUUUGUUUGUAGAGAUGAAGUUUCAUCUGGGGAAGAAGUUACAACUAGUGCAACAACUGCGGUAUAUUUCCCGUCUACAUCAGCAGAUGUUGAUAAUAGUUCAAGUUCUGACAAUAGCACUUUCUCUUCAACCAUUGCUGGUAUCAUGCAAUCGUCUCAGAUUAAAAGCAAAACAGAAAUACCUAAAUUCACGUUUGCCAUAAUUGGUGUUGUUGUGGGACUUCUGCUUCUGGCUUUUGCUGUGGUAGCUAUCGCCUUCGUCUUCAAGAAACAAAAGCUUUCCACUCCACCUCCAGCAGAAAUAACAUCUGGUUUUGAAAAUGCUAUGUAUCGUAAGGACUCUGGUAAUAUUUACAUCAGAGAAUCAUAAGAAACUUUUUUCUCCGAAAGUACAGAAUGUUUAAUCCGGUGUUAAAUGGGCUACCACGAAUAAAGGUUGCACAAGUUGAAGUGACAAAUUGGAUGAAAUAAUGAUUUUUAAAACAAUUUUCAGAAGGAUUCUAAGGGACUCCAGUAUUUGUUUUACUUUUUUUAAUGAUAAAGAGUACAUUUUUUGGAAUCAUGUCUAAUUGUCCAUAUAAUCAUGUAAAAUUACAUUUGUAGUACAAUGUUGGUAUUACACGAUACUCUAUUAUUUGUAAUCACAAUUCAAAGCAAAUGAAAACACUAUUGCCUAUAUCAUUAUUAAAUUCUUGAGCAAAGAAAGUUUAGAUGAAAAAAUAUAUAAUAUUAUGUCUGCUUUAUACUGAUGCAUGUGUAUGACAAUAGAAUUAAAAUUCAUGUAUUCUGUAUAACAGAGUAAAAACAAUAUGUUUCCAAACUUCGUUUGGGGAAGAUAAUAAGGGAAGUUGACGAUAGAAAAGUUUAAAUCAUCAUAAAGUUCUGUUUGUUGUAUUACCAUUAACGUCUUUUUGUAAUAAAAUAUCCAAAUAUCAAA